UAGGGGGUGCUGUUGGACAGAAAGUGAACUCUGGACCCUCCAUUAAAACCAACAUUUCCGUAAGCUGUCCACAGUGAUCACAACAAAACUUUGUCCUACACAACUUCUCCUGCGUGUUGUGGACAUUUAUCAGCGAUAAUGUCCGAUAAAACAAGAAGCUUUGCCGAUACCAACGUACACCUGGAUGUUAAGGAUUAUUAUGGAAAGACGUUGAAGAACACCUCAGACCUGAAGAGCAAUGUCUGUGUGGCUUCUGCCACGCACCUUCCAAAAUUCAUCCUCCAGGCUCUGAAGAAAGUCCAUCCUGAUGUCACUGACAGAUACUUUGGUUGCGGUCUGGUGGUGCCAGAGUGUUUGGAGGGCUGCAGGAUUCUGGACCUGGGCAGUGGGAGUGGUAGAGACUGCUACAUGCUGAGUCAGCUGGUGGGAGAGACGGGCCAUGUCACUGGCAUUGACAUGACUGAGGAUCAGCUUCAAGUAGCCAGGAAACAUGUGGACUUUCACAUGAAAGAGUUUGGCUACAAGAAGCCCAACGUGACUUUUGUUCAGGGUUUCAUUGAGGCCUUGACAGAGGCGGGUCUGGAAAAGAGCUCUUACGAUAUCAUUAUCUCCAACUGUGUGGUCAACCUUUCUCCAGACAAGAAGAAAGUUCUGACUGAAGCUUACAGUGUGCUCAAGGAUGGCGGUGAGUUCUUCUUCAGUGACAUGUACUGCAAUGGAAGACAAACGGAGGAGAUUAAAAACAACAAAGUCCUGUGGGGUGAGGGCUUUGGUGGUGCGCUGUGGUACAAAGAUCUGCUGCAAUUGGCCAAGGAAGUAGGAUUCAGCACCCCAAGGCUUGUUACUGCCAGCACCAUCACUGUUGACAACAAAGACAUGGAAGCGAUUCUGGGUGACUUCAAGUUUGUCUCUGCCACAUAUCGUCUGUUUAAGGUCCCUAAAGGCAGCACCAAGCCAUGUAAAGUCAUGUAUAACGGUAACAUCACAGGGGCGGAGGAGACCCUCCGCUUUGACUGUCAGUACACCUUCAAGGCUGAUCAAGUGGUGGAGGUAGAUGCCGAAGUUGCCGCCAUUCUGACCCAUUCCAGAUUUGCACAGGUCUUCACUUUCCAGCCGCCAGGAGACUCCUGUGUCCAACCAAAGGCAAGCACCGAGAAUCCUUUUGAGCUGGCUGUGCAGCUGCAGAGAGCAAGUCCAGGUUCACCCACAGGGGGGAGUUGCAGCACAAAGUCUGCAACCUGCUGCAAGUGAUUGAUGCAAAUAGGCCCAGAGUCACAUGGUGGUACAACAGUAGUUUAAAUAAACCUAUUACUCAAUAUGUGCAUUGAUCGUGCUGUAGGGGUGAAUAAUUACAACAGUCAAACCCAGUACAUUCAGGUUAUAGCAAAUACUAUAUUACAGGAGAUGAUGUUAUAACAUAUGUUUAGUAUUCACUACUCUUCCCCUUUAAACAGGAUAUGCUUGCUGUGGAAAUACAACAUCAUAGAUCAUUUUUGGACACCUACUUUAAACACAUUUAAUUACUCACUAUAUUCCAUCCUCCUUUUUUGUAUUUUUUACAUUUCUUUGUUACAGUCUACCCCAGCUGACUUAGUGUAAGAGGUGUACCCCACCUGACCAGAGAGGCAGUUAAAGGCCUACUGAAAGCCACUACUACCCACCACGCAGUCUGAUAGUUUAUAUAUUAAUGAUGAAAUAUUAACAUUGCACCACAUGCCACUACGGCCUUUUUAGUUUACUAAAUUGCAUUUUUAAAUUUCCCGGGAUUUUUUUUCUUGAAAACGUCGCGUAAUGAUGACGUGUACGCGUGACGUCACGGGCUGUUAUGAAUAUGAGCGCUGCGUACACACACAGCUAAAAGUCGUCUGCUUUAACGGCAUAAUUACACAGUAUUUUGGAGAUCUGUGUUGCUGAAUCUUUUGCAAUUUGUUCAAUUAAUAUUGGAGAAGUCAAAGUAGAAAGAGAGUUGGGAAGCUUUAGCCUUUAGCCACUAAAACACACGGUGAUUCCUUGUUUAAAAUUCACGGAGGUGAAACUUUAGUAUGGAUCACAGCGGACAUGGAUCCCGACUACAUGUCAACCAGCAGGUUUCGGUGAGAAAAUUGUGGUUAAAAAGUAGCCUCUUACCGGAUAUCAGCUGAGCUUGUGCCAUCCAUACAGCUGCCGUCGACUUCCCCGAGACACUGCGCUUCAACACCCGGCCGUGGACGUACACUUCCGACUAUCAGGUACUGUUAAACUCACUAAAACACUAGCAACACAAUAGAAAGAUAAGGGAUUUCCCAGAAAUAUCCUAGUAAAUGACUCUAAAAACAUAUGAAUCCGUCUCAAUGCAACGCGAUUGCAAUCGCGUCUUGUUUUUUUUUUGUUUUUUAGUUUUUUUUUUUCUGUUUUUUUUUCUAGUCCGUCCGUCAAUAUCCUCAAACACGGAUCUUUCCUCCUCGCUCAAAUUAACGGGGAAAUUGUCGUUUUCUCGGUCUGAAUAGCUGUUUUUGUUGGAGGCUCCCAUUAAAAUCAAUGUGAAUAUAUGAGGAGCCAUCAACAUGUGACAUCAUCGUCUGCGACUUCCGGGCUUUUCUCCAGUUGCAAACUUUAUCAUGGAUGUUCUCUACUAAAUCCUUUCAGCAAAAAUAUGGCAAUAUCGCGAAAUUAUCAAGUAUGACACAUAGAAUGGACCUGCUAUCCCCGUUUAGAUAAGAAAAUCUCAUUUCAGUAGGCCUUUAACUAUUCCCACUUUUAUCAUCAAUCAGUGGGGACUGAACCCACACAAGUCAAUCACUAAACCAGUGGUUUCCAAAGUGUGGCUCGUAGGCCAUUUUUUAUUCAAAACAAAAGACAUUGAGUAUCAUUGAGAUACAAUAUGUUACUUGAUAUUACACUUUGGAGUUAAGUGGUUUAGUUCAGAUAGCUUAACAAAGGGACACCCCUGUACUAAACUAUUAGUAACAUUCACAAUCUACAGUGAAAAUAAUUCAACUUUUUAGUGCUUUUUGGUGUGAUAUGUCUUACUCGUAAACAGCGUACUUGUAAUUAUGUUUCUGUUGUACCACUUUUAGUUUGAAUGACUUUAGUUAAUUUUGCCACAUGGUUUUAAUAAAUGACAUGAAUUGCUGAAUGUUA